UUAGCCUAGCAGGAAACACCAAGGCUACCACCGCAGCGGUGGAAAAAGAAACAGCAGCGGACACAGUUUCGUUCUUUUCCCAGUCUUCACACUAGAUAUUUCCUCGGUUAAUUCUCUGUCGCUCGGCACCUUGGACCUGCAGCUUUUUUUUGUUUGCCUGGUUACGUUUUGUUUUACUUUAUGGUUGGAGAGAGCUCCUAGCCAGCUCAUACACCGGACGCUGGCCGGAGGUGGAAACCUAUCCAGCGGCUGUAAACGGUGGACGUCGGGCUGAGCAACGGCCGUUUUGAAUCAGCGUGCGUCAGUGGGCCUGCAGGCUCCACGCCGGUGCUGAGACAGGAUGAAGAGGUUCAGGCGACAUGGCCAGGAGUCCCAGAGAGAUCGACUAAAACAGGAACUCUUCCAGUUCAACAAGGCAAUGGAGCAUGGAUUCCCCCACCAGCCCAGUGCUCUGGGUUACAGUCCCUCUCUGCAGCUGCUGGCCAUCGGCACUCGCUCCGGCGCCAUCAAACUAUAUGGAGCUCCAGGUGUGGAGUUCAUGGGUUUACAUGAUGAGAAUGCUGCCGUCACACAGGUGCACUUCCUCCCCCACCAGGUUGAACUGGUGACUCUGCUGGAUGACAAUAGUCUGCACAUGUGGACUUUGAGAGCCCACAAGGGACUUUCUGAGCUUCUGGAGAUAGGACGCUUCAUGCUCACUGGACCGCCUGGUGCCCCUCCAAGUGUGACCAGAGUGACAGCAGUGUUGGCCCACUCCUCAGGAGACCUGCUGCUGCUGGGGACAGAAGGAGGACACGUCUUUAUAGUUGAAGUGCCGGGCUUCAGAGAGCUGGAAGAGAGAAAUAUCAGCCUCGAUCAAGUUGCCAACAGCGUACCAGACGACUACAUCGGCCGCAGGAAUCUAGAACAUGUUGAGGCCUUACAGGAGAACCCCGUCAACCCAAACCAAGUCAUCAUCGGUUACGGACGAGGCCUCAUGGUCAUCUGGGACCUAGAGAACCAGCGUGCCAUCCAGCACAUCCCCGCCACACAGCAACUGGAGAGCGUGUGGUGGACAGAGGACGGAGCCUACAUUCUCAGCUCGCACAGCGAUGGAAGUUACUGUCGGUGGAUGGUGGGCGGAGAGGACGUGGAGGAGGAGGAGAAAUCAGACAUUCCUUACGGACAUUUCCCCUGCAAGGCCAUUUCUAAAAUAGUUCAGCUACCUACAGAAGAUGGGCCUCCAUUCCUGGUGUUCAGCGGCGGUAUGCCCCGGGCCAGCUACGGCGACAGACACUGCAUCACCGUGAUCCACAGUAAAACACACGUAGCUCUGGACUUCACCUCCAGGAUCAUUGACUUCUUCGUCAUCAGAGACGCAGCACAGCAAACAGAAGAUCCCAGUGCGUUGGUGGUGCUGGUAGAGGAGGAGCUGGUAGUGAUCGACCUGCAGACGGAGGGCUGGCCGGUCAUUCAGACGCCUUACCUGGUUCCCCUCCACAGCUCAGCCAUCACCUGCUCCCACCACGUCUCCGCCAUCCCCCUCAAACUGUGGGAGAGGAUCAUCACUGCCGGGGGGCUGCAGAGCACACACUACUCCAAAAAAGCCUGGCCAAUAACAGGCGGCGAGAACCUGGCCCCAGACCCUCCACAGAGAGACCUGCUGCUCACAGGGCAUGAGGAUGGAACGGUGCGUUUCUGGGAUGCAUCAGGAGUCUGUCUGUAUCCCAUGUACAAACUGAGCACAGCCGCAGUGUUCCACACAGACGCCGACCCCAACGACAACAUGAACCAAGGCACAGAGGGAGAGUGGCCGCCGUUUAGAAAGGUUGGCUGUUUUGACCCGUACAGUGACGACCCGAGGCUCGGCAUUCAGAAGAUCCACCUCUGUAAAUACAGCGGUUAUCUGAUCGUUGCUGGCACAGCUGGACAGAUCCUGGUUCUGGAGCUGAACGAUGAGGCAGCAGAGCAGACAGUGGAGGCUAAAGUUGUGGACUUGCUGCAGGGUCAAGAGGGAUUCCGCUGGAAGGGUCACACUCGUCUGGAUGUGCGAGAGGAACCAGUGAUGUUUCCUCCAGGCUUCCAGCCCUUUGCUCUGGUGCAGUGUCAGCCUCCAGCUGUGAUCACUGCCCUCAACCUGCACUCAGAGUGGAAGCUGAUCGGUUUUGGCACCAGUCACGGCUUCGGUCUGUAUGACUACCAACAGAAGAACAACGUCUUUGUCAAGUGCACCCUAAACCCCAGUGACCAGCUGGCCAUGGAGGGUCCUCUGUCCAGAGUGAAGAGUAUUAAGAAAUCCCUUCGCCAGUCCUUCAGAAGAAUCAGACGUAGCAGAGUGUCACUACGGAAACAUCACGUCAACAACGCUGCCAAGCUGCAGGAGGCGAACGCUCGUCUGGAGGCUGAGCUGGCAGAGAUGGAGCUGGCUCCAGUCCAGAGGAAGAUCGAGGCUCGUUCCUCAGACGACUCUUUCACUGGUCUCGUACGGACGCUUUACUUUGCCGACACCUUCCUCUCAGACAGCUCACACAACACACCCUCCCUAUGGGCAGGGACCAAUGGCGGUUGUGUGUUUGCAUACAUGCUGCGCAUCCCUCCUGUGGAGCACAGAGCGGACGAGCCGGUCACUGCACAGCCAGCCAAGGAAAUCCAGCUGAUGCACCGCGCUCCUGUCGUCGGUAUCGUGGUGCUGGACGGUCACGGGGCUCCUCUUCCUGAGCCACUGGAGGUGGCUCAUGAUCUGGCUCGCUCUCCUGAUAUGCAUGGCUCCCACCACCUGCUGGUUAUAUCUGAGGAGCAGUUUAAGGUGUUCACGCUGCCGAAGGUGAGCGCUAAGAUGAAGCUGAAGCUGACGGCCGUUGACGGCUCCAGAGUACGGCGGGUAGGCGUGGCGUGGUUCGGCAGCAACAAGUCAGAGGACUACGGAGAGAGCGGCCUCGUGGUCCUGACCAAUCAGGGCGACCUGCACGUGGUGUCGCUGCCGGGAGUCAAGAUGCAGGUUCAGCACCCAUGCAUACGCCGAGAGGACGUCAGCGGCAUCGCCUCCUGCGUCUUCACCAAGCACGGCCAAGGCUUCUACCUGAUCUCUCCGUCUGAGUUUGAACGGUUCUCUCUGUCUGCCCGCUUUGUGGUGGAGCCUCGCUGUCUGGUGGAGGUCCCUCUUCAGUCAGGCGCCCCCAGCAAACACAGAGCGCAGCCUGACGGAGCCUCAUCUGCUCACAAAAACGCACGUCAAGACAGCGAGGAUGCAGAAAGCGCAGCUAGACGUGUUAUGGAGCAUGCUUUGCUGAAUGACGAGAAAGUACUCCAGGAGAUCCAGAUGUCACUAGAAGGAGACCAGACGUCAUUCCUGGAGAAUAAUGUGAAUAGUGCUGUAGCUUGAGAGCCGGUGCUGGACAGUGGAGAGAGAACUGACAUGUUAAUGAGCAUGAAGCAUACUGCAGUCCUGUGGCAGCUCCCGUCUCCUGCCUGACUGCCAGAACAACCACUACUGACCCCUGACCCCCUUGCCUCAGUGACUGACCUCCCCGCUGGCCCCUCGUAGAGACACCAAAAGGGCUCUUGGCAGUAGGGUGCACUAUGAGCACCACAGGGCUGCUUGAAGACUCACUAACUGCUUGAUUCCACCAGGCGCGGCUGCGUCACAUUCCAGCUGACGGCGGCCGCUUUAGUUAACGCUUAAGAUCCCGCCAGAUGUCCUGCAACGAGUUUCAGAAGUGAC